AUGGAUUUUCACACGGUAUAUCAACUUUUUAGCGCUACAUAUCAUUCCGAUCAAAAUUUACAGAAGCAAGCUGAAUUACAAUUGAAACAGAUAGAAACAAAUCCCGGGUUUAUUUCAAUACUUCUGCAAAUACUGAGUUCUCAAGAAUCUGAACUUGGAACAAGACAAGCUAAUAAGGAAGCAUUUAAAAGAAAUAUUUUUCAUGUAUUGGUAACAGUACCCAAUGUUGUAAGAGUUCAACUUCUCGAUUCUUUAGGGAAAGUUUUAUCCUAUGAUUACCCAGAUAAAUGGCAGGAUUUUAUGAGUCAAGUUCAUGAUUUUUUGACGAAUAAUAAUCCUAAUAAUGUAUAUAUAGGAUUAUUUGCAUUACAACAGGUCAUUAAAGUAUUUCAAUGGAGGACUAAGAAUCGAAGUAAUAAUGAACAUAUUGCGGAAAUAAUUGAAAAGACUUUUCCAAUUGUUUUACGAAUAUCACAAGGUUUAAUUAAUGAAAUUAGUUUGGAUGCAGCUGAAAUGUUAAGGAUUUUGAUUAAGAUAUACAGUACAGCAACUCAAUAUGACCUUCCCGCUCCAUUACAAAAUGAUAAUUCUCUUGUACCUUGGGUAACUUUAAUGUUACAAUUAUUUGAAAAACCUAUUCCUCAAGAAAUAAUUCCUAAUGAAUUAGAUGAAAGGCAAAAAUUUAUUUGGUUUCGAGCUCAAAGAUGGGCUUGUAGAAGUUUAAAUCGACUUUUUUCAAGAUAUGGAAAUCCUGCUCAACUUCCACCUUCCACAAAAUAUGGUACAUUUGCGGAAAAUUUUAUACUUAAUUUUGGUCCCCAAAUUUUACAAACAUAUCUUCUUCAAACCGAACGAUGGAUAAAAAAAGAAAUAUGGUUGAGUGAUAAAAUCUUAUAUUUCUGUUCUGAUUUUUUUAAAGAUGCUCAAACCUUGGUUUCACAAUUUUUAUUUCCUCAAUUAUGUUUUUCCGAUGAAGAUGAAGAAUUAUGGGUAGAAGAUCCAGUUGAAUAUAUUCAUAAAAAAAUGGAUCCAUUAGAAGAUUUCACAUCCCCCGUUUCAUCCGCUAUCGCAUUUUUAAUGGAUUUAGCCAAACAUCGAAAGAAACAUACAUUCGUAAAUAUUAUGGAAUUUAUUACGGCGGUUUUAAUUAAUUAUCAAAAUGCUUCACCGGAAAAUAAAAAUCCUCGAUCAAAAGAUGGGGCACUUAAAAUGAUUGGAUGUUUAUCAGAUUUAAUUUUACGUAAGAAAUAUGGGGUUAUACAUUUAAUGGAAGGAUUCUUAAUUAUGCAUGUUUUCCCCGAAUUUAUAAGUGAAUAUCCUUAUUUGAGGGCAAGGGCAUGUGACAUGCUAGUAAAAUUUAAUGAUAUAGAUUUUGAACAUGAAACUACUCUUGCUACCGCAUUUCAAGGAGUUACUUCAUGUAUGAAUGAUACUGAACUUCCGGUAAAAAUUCAAGCUUGUUUGGCUUUACAAGGUUUAAUACAUAAUGAAACAGUACGGGUUGCAUUAAUUCCGGAUUUACCAAUUGUUAUGCAAAAACUUCUUGAUCUUACCAAUCAAAUCGAUAGCGAUACUCUCUCUACCGUAAUGGAAGAAUUUGUUGAAGUUUUUGCUAAGGAAUUAGGUCCUUUUGCUGUUCAAUUAUACUUUCAAAAUGAGCUAGCAAUUCCUGGAAAGGAAGAUUUCGAAAUAGCCGAUGAUUUAGAAAUUGAUGAUAAAACACUUGCAGCUGCUGGCGUAUUAAAAACCAUUUCAACAUUGAUAUUAAGUUUAGAAAGUACACCAGAAGUUUUGGAACGAUUGGAAAAUACACUUAUACCUGUAGUAACAUUUUCAUUAAAAAAUAGAAUAUCUGAAUUGUAUGAUGACGUAUUCGGUAUCGUUGAUAGUUGUACCUUUUCUACAAAAAAAAUUUCACCUUUAAUGUGGGAAAUAUUUGAAUUAAUUUACAAAACUUUCAAGGGUGACAAUGAUGAAACUGGUAUUGAUUAUAUGGAAGUAUUUGUACACAAUUCCAAUUUACAAUCCAUGAUUUAUGAUAUUAUUGAGACAGUUAUGAAAAGUGAUCGUUUAGGAGAGGGUGAUCGUUCGUGUGCUUGUAAAUUAGCUGAGUCAGUAUUGUUAAAUUGUCGAGGAUAUGUAGAUCAGCUCGCUUUUCAUUAUUUACCCGACUUAAAAAAUAUUUCCGGCAUGAGUUUUAAAAUUCAUUGUAUAGAAAUUGUAAUAAAUUGUCUUUACUAUAACCCAGUUUUAACUCUUCAUAACCUCGAAGAACGUGGAAUGACUCAAUCAUUCUUUACAUUAUGGUUUUCCUAUAUAAAUAAAUUUUCUCGGGUUCACGACAAAAAACUGGUAAUCGUAGCUCUUUGUGCAUUAAUCGAAUUACCGGUUGAACAAUUACCACAUACUUUACAAGCUGGAUGGUCACAAGUUUUAGAUGGUAUUUUGGAAGUUUUUAAAUCAUUACCCAAAGCCGAAGAAGGUGAUGAGAAUGUAAUAGAUGAGGAUGUGAAAUAUUUAGAAUUUUUAGCACAAGAAAAGAGGAAGUCACAUAUGAAUCACCUCUAG